AAAAAUCAUUACCAUAGUGUAUAAUCAUUAGGACACUCAUAAGUGAUAGUAAAGCAUAUACACACCUUCUAGUCUUCUAUAUAUAACGAUAGAAACAGAGUAAAUGCUAUUUCGAGUAAAUCUCUAAAAACAGAGGAGAGAGAGAGAGACCAUCUUCAUCAACUUCAACAACAACACCUCGAAAUUCACAAACCAUAGAGAACAAACGAAUCAACAGGUGAGAAAACUCGAAAUCAAAGCGAGUCCAACUCGCCCAGAUUCUCGAUUUCUCCACCUUUCCAUCAAAAAAGGUCCAAACUUUCUCCCUCCCCAAUGUCGGAUCUCAAAAGAGAAACAUCCCUCCCGAAGGAGAGAACCAGCCCACCACAAGCCCUAAUCCUCGGCCGCUACGAAAUGGGAAAGCUUCUCGGCCACGGAACCUUCGCCAAGGUCUACCUCGCGCGCAACGUCAAAACAAACGAGAGCGUGGCCAUCAAAGUCAUCGACAAGGAGAAAGUCCUCAAAGGCGGCUUGAUCGCGCACAUCAAACGCGAGAUCUCCAUCCUCCGCCGCGUCCGCCACCCCAACAUCGUCCAGCUCUUCGAGGUCAUGGCCACGAAAGCCAAGAUCUACUUCGUCAUGGAGUACGUCAGAGGAGGCGAGCUCUUCAACAAAGUCGCCAAAGGACGUCUCAAGGAAGACGCCGCUCGCAGGUACUUCCAGCAGCUCAUCUCCGCCGUCACGUUCUGCCACGCGCGCGGCGUCUACCACCGCGACCUCAAACCGGAGAAUCUGCUCUUAGACGAGAAGGGUAACCUUAAAGUCUCUGACUUUGGGCUCAGCGCGGUCUCUGAUCAGAUUCGGCAAGACGGGCUUUUCCACACGUUCUGCGGGACCCCUGCUUACGUGGCGCCCGAGGUUUUAGCGAGGAGAGGGUACGAUGCUGCUAAGGUUGAUAUCUGGUCUUGUGGUGUUGUGUUGUUUGUUUUGAUGGCGGGUUACCUCCCGUUUCACGAUAGAAAUGUUAUGGCUAUGUAUAAGAAGAUUUACAGAGGGGAGUUCAGAUGUCCGAGAUGGUUCUCGCCGGAGCUUACUAGGUUGAUGUCUCGUCUUCUCGAGACGGAUCCGGAGAAACGGUUUACUUUCGCUGAGGUUAUGGAGAACUCUUGGUUCAAGAAAGGGUUUAAGCAUGUGAAGUUCUAUGUGGAAGAUGAUAAGCUUUGCAAUGUUGAUGACGAUGACGAUGAGUUGGAGACUGCUUCCGUGGAGUCAGGCCGGUCUUCUGCUGUGUCUGAAUCCGAGAUUGAGUGUUUGGAGCCGAGAAGGAAGGUUGUGGGGUUGCCUAGACCCGCGAGUUUGAAUGCCUUCGAUAUUAUAUCGUUUUCGCAAGGUUUUGACUUGUCAGGGUUGUUUGAUGAUGAUGGGGAAGGCUCUAGGUUUGUUUCAGGAGCUCCGGUUUCGAAGAUUAUAUCGAAGUUGGAAGAGAUUGCUAAAGUUGUGAGCUUUACCGUGAGGAAGAAGGAUUGUAGGGUGAGUCUUGAAGGUUCGAGACAAGGAGUGAAAGGUCCUUUGACGAUUGCAGCUGAGAUAUUUGAGUUGACACCGUCGUUGGUUGUUGUGGAGGUGAAGAAGAAAGGAGGAGAUAGAGCAGAGUAUGAAGAGUUUUGCAACAACGAGUUGAAACCCAUGUUGCAGAAUCUGAGAGCUGAUGAGGUUGAAGAGCCUGUGGCGGUUUCAGUGGUUGAUGAUGAAACCGUGAAUUCUCCACCGGUUUGUUUCUUGCCUUCUGACACUGAAUAGAUAAUAAAAAGGUGUUAUGGGAGUUUUGGGUUUUGUUAUCUGGUGGAGAGAUCGUUAGAGAAAUGGGAUAUGGUGUUAUGUUUGUACUAACCUUUUUAGCAGUUUUGUUUCUUGUGUGUGUGUGGGAGAGUUGUAAACAGUUUCGACAUCAGAUCUUUAAUUGUAUAAAACAAUGAAAUCAAAUAAAGAAACUUGCAUAACGCUUUAUCAAA